AUGGGAUUGGGUAUAUUGAACAAUAUCAAGUACCCAACUCCUCCGGGCACUGUCACCCUUAAAGAAGAAGUCAACUCAUCAAAGUUGGAGGAUUAUAAUUAUGAAGAGCCAAAGAAGAUAGGUGACAUCGUUCUCAACCCACAGCCUACAGAUUCCAAAAAUGUAUUGCAGCCCUUGAUCGUCACAAGAAGAAAGUCCAAACUAAUGUAAACAGGAUCCUCUCAACUGGUCACAGACAACCAAAAUCUGUAUACUGCUGAUCCUUUCUCUAAAUGCUGGUGUUACUGCUUCGUAAGUUAGUCAUGGCUCUUUCCUGAAAUUCAUAGCUAACCGACUUUAGUCUUGGUCCUAUGAUUACCACCGGCUUCGACGAGAUAGGCGCAGCAUUUCAUGUCAAUGCUGACCAGAUAUCUUUCAGCCUUGUUGGUGUCUUGCAACUUACAACGGGAUGUGGAAUUUUCUUUACCGCUGCAGCUGCAGCGGUAUGGGGCAAACGACCGGUCUUCUUUCUGUCGAGUCUCGUUUUGCUGGGAACAAGCGCUUGGGGAUUUUUCGCGGGCGUAGGUGGUGGUAUAGUAUACUCGUAGAGAACUACACUAACUCACAAUAGAGCCACUUUUCUCUGUCGAUGAUGAGAAUGAUUCAAGGGUUCGCAUCAGCACCUCUAGAUACACUCGUAUCUGCGACAGUUGCAGAGCUCUUUUUCAUCCAUGAGAAAGGCACGAUGCUAAGUAUCGCGAACCUCUUCGUAUUGGCAGGUUCCAAACUCGGUCAAUUCAUUGCCAGUUUUAUCAUCCAGAACCUCGGAUUCAAAUACACCUUCGGCAUAUGUGCCCUCAUCUACGCCAUGGUCGUCCCUCUCAUGUAUUUCUUUGUCCCCGAAACCUUUUACCGCGCCAGAGAGGACGAGACACAGCUCAUCUUCGACAAAUCCUCCCUCAGCUUAUACGAGAUCGUCCUUCCAGAGAUGAAACACACAUACUCACAACGUCUUCGAAUAUUCCAAGGCCGUGUAUCUGAUGCCUCCUUCUGCCGCAUGGCCUUCAAACCGAUUCCUCUCGCCACUUUCCCAGCUGUGCUUUAUGCAGCACUUACAUUUUCCGUUUAUGCAGCCGGCCUCACUCUCAUCGCUCUCCUCCAAGAUAACGUCUUCUCCGCACCACCCUACAAACUCUCCUCCUCUUCCAUCGGUCUUCUAAACCUCCCCCUUUUCGCCGUUGGUCUCGUCACUGGUCUUGUAGCCGGAUGGUGCGCCGACUUCGUAGUCCACUUUCUGACAAGCCAAAACAACGGUGUUUACGAGCCUGAAUUUCGCUUAGUCCUUAUGCUCAUCGCCGCCGUCGGAUCAAGCGUCGGCUACGUCGGAUUCGGAUACUCCGUCGCUGCCGGUGCCAAUAUCCUCAUUCCCACUGCCUUUCUUGGUCUUCAGACAGCCGCGGUGCCAUUUGCUACAAGUGCCAUGUUUACAUAUGUCAUGGAUUGCCACUCUGGACAUGCGGGACAGGCUUUCGUCACGAUGAAUUUCACCAAGGCCGUGGUGGGAUUUGCCAUGUCGAAGUUUGUCAACGGGUGGUAUCACACUAGUGGCGCGAAAAGUGUUUUUACGAUUGUUGCGAUUGUCCACUUGGCGAUCUCAGCAUUGAGUCUUCCCUUGUAUAUUUUCGGAAAGAGGAUGAGGAGUUAUAUUGCGCGAAGCGAUUUCCAUCUGGGAAUCUAA